AUGGUCGACUCUGAGAACCACUUCGCCAAGCCUUGGCCCCUGCCCCUAACCGAGCGGGACGUGGCCAUCCGCCAGCGCUCCGCCCGCUUGCUGCAGGCGCUGCAGCGGGUCGAGGGCGGCAACUACAAGGAAAAGGCGGAUGACUUCGACACCACCUUCUCCAUGUUGGUGAAAGGCUGUAGGGAGGUGGCCGAAGAGGGUUUCUUGGAGGCUCCCAUCUACAACAAUGCGCAGAUUGAGGCUGCCUGGCUCUUCCUUUUCGAGGUGCGGCGGCGGCAUGUGAACAAGAGGAAGCAGCUCCAGGAGUGCAUUCGUGUGCUUGGCUCCUCCUACAACUGGUCGAUGGCUCUUUACGGAUCCAGGAAGGUCCAGGAUGCCUUGCGUGCUCUGCCCGGGGACGCGCGGGCGGAGAUCCUCGAAGAUGCGGCUGCCAUGGAUCUGCUGUCACAGCUGCAGCCGAAGUACAUGCCGGGCGAGCCUGAGCCAGACGAAUCACCCCCUGCCCAGCCAAGCUGGCCGGCAGGCCCGCAAGGCACUGGCUGGCCAGCGCCCUCCAAUCCCAGUGGAUUCGGUGACUUUCCGAGAGAAGAAGCCUCCAGGGUUGAUUGGGCUCGGCCGCAGGCAGCACCGGGAUCCGCCGGAAAGAACAAUCCAUUCAAGAAGUCCAGUGCUCCGGCUGGAGCAGACUGGGCGAUGCCGCAGCGCGGAGAAGCAUUCCCGGCACCAGCGCAGGGCUUCCCAGACGCUUUUCCAGCGUUUCCGAGCUCUGCGCCGCGGCCGACGUCGGCCUCCAAUCCUUUCCGGAAAGAUAAGGAAGAGACCAGCGGAGGGACCGGCUGGCCGGCGGCGCCGGGUGACCUCGAUGCCUUCCAGUCAGUCCGGCCGGCGCCAAGGCCGCCUCCACCAGACGGGCGAGGGCACGAUCUGGCUCCUCAGGACGUCGUGGCAGGUGCCAGAUUCGCCAAGGAGUCGGGCAUAAGCGCGCAGGACAUGAUGGCAGGCGCGCAGUUUGCGCAGAAGUCGGGUGUCACAUCGCAGCACGCGAUGGAAGGUGCACGAAUGGCACAUCAGGCCGGUGUCAGGCCGCAACAUGUCGUGCAGGGGGCGCAGAUGGCCCACCAGGCAGGUCUCCGACCACACCAUGUUGUCGACGGUGCAAGAUAUGCACAGCAAGCCGGCGUAACACCCGACAAAGUCCUCGCGGUGGGCAAAGCCUUUUCAGCUGCGAAGUAA